AUGCGUUUCCCAUUAGACUUCAGCUUGAUGCUGUCAAGAAAGAGAAGUAGCGAACAACAGCAGAGCACAGAUCUUUCAGACCACCAGGUUCACGAUGAAAGAACACCUGAACAGAUCGACACAUGGUGCAAAUCCACAUCCUUGACCAAAAAUGGCAACGAGAUUAUGUUUCCCAACCAGGGCGAUACCUGGCACGCCGGAGAAACGCAGGGCUUUGGCUGGACGGGCGACAUUCAUAUCGACGAUAAUCAGAGCCAGACUUUUAGCCUGGAGGUCAGGGCAUUUGACUCAAAUGAUGACUCUCAAGCUGUUCAAAUAUUUGGUAGGAACCUCUUCAUACCUCUUGCCAACGAAACCUUCCAUUAUCCCUCUACCAACUGGCAAGUCUGGAACAAAGAAUGUCCAGACACGUAUAUCUCAUACUACUGGACAAUACCUAAAGACUUUAAAACCGGAAACACCAAAUUCGUGGCGACGCUUCUCAAUACGACUGAUCCGGAGAACGAAACCACCUUGACGAGUAGUUUCUUCUACAUCGACUCCAAACCCGUUGAUGUAUCUAUAGAGGCGUCUGUAGCGAGUCCAUCUACGAUACCAACAGCAGCUACACCAUCCUUGGUCCACAGCACUUCCGCUCCAGCACCAACCGCCACAAUAGAAUCAGCAGCUAGCGACCAAACCACGACAGUAGAACCACAGGGCGGACUUUCCGUCCAGGCAAAAGCAGGCAUUGGCGCAGGCGUCGGUGUACUAGGCCUCAUGCUUCUCCUCGCUGGCUUGUUGUUCUACUAUUACAGAAAGCGCAAAAACAGAGGUGUAUCAGAAAAGGGUUUCAUUACACCAUCUUUGGAAACUAGGACGGCGAGACCACGCAUCUCAGAAGGAGGCAACAGCGAGAUACAACGUGCGAGAGUGAGGGAGUCGGAAGACGUCCCCGGAAGUCCUUUAUACAGGACAGACACACAGCGGAAUAGCCAUCGACGGAGUAUCAGGAUAGUAUACGAACCAAAUCAGGACCCCAUUGGGUUGCCGGCCGACUUUUCGAUGUGGUCGCCCAAGACUUCACAGGAUGAACUGAAAAGAUAA